AUGGGUGGCUCAUCCAACCUCAACAUGCUGGUCGUCUCAUUCUGUGAGAGUAUCAAGGAAGAUCCAAGCCUCUCCGAGUUCUUUGGAAACUUCGCUUUCAAAGAUCUUUCGGUCCUUGAGGAAGAGCUGCUGAUGGCUGCCUUAGUUGAACCAGAGGGCGAAAACGAGAUUCAAUCAAGACGAUCCAGGGUUGCCUUGCGUCACUACCAAUUGUUCCAAUCGGGACUCAAUGAACGUCACUUUGACGUUCUUUCGAAGCACCUGAAAUUCGCACUAGAGGAAAGCUGGGUUUCGGAGGAUGUGAUCCAAGACUGCGAGAGACAUUUCGCAAGUCUUAGACCAAUUUUCGAGCAUGCAUAG